UGUCGCCCUCUGGAGCGGGGCUUUGCUCCCCGCGUGUCUCCCCGGGUUACACCUUCAGAGUUUCCCCACUCGGGCGUAGGGCCCUUGGACCCUCUCGCUGCCUCUCCGGCUCCUCCGCCCGUGCCCGGGCCCCGGGGAAGUACCUCGCUCUACCCCGGGCCUCCUCGCGAGGCUCGCCGUGGGUCUUGCCCUGUGACCCCGUGGGGCUGGGGGGGCGGUUCGGGUGCGUUCUGUGGCGAGACAUACUGGGGUUGGCGGCCUGGGCGGCGCUCCGCCGCCAGGAUACAGCAUCCUGGUAGCACCUUUGGCUUCAGAGGCUUUCACUUGGAGAAAUGAGACACGGAGCAUGUUCCCCGAACUAGUGGCAGGGAGGAAGGGCUGGCUCCCCAGUCACCCACGGCCCCAGGGAGCCUCUCUAACGGUGCCUGGAGUAUUAGGAUGGAGCUGGGAUUCCAAAUGGGGUGCUGGAACAUCUUGGCUGUCCAUCCUUUCAUUGGGGUCUUGGCUUGGCCACUCUUUUGUUGUAAAAAGGAGCCGUUGAGUCUGAAAGAUGAAAGGUAGAGCUGAGUUGAGACAAGCCUGGAGUAUUUCCUGAAUGGCUCCAGGGUUUGGGCAGGGAGUGAGGAGUGAAGGCUUUGGGAAGCCCUGUGACACUGUGCCCAGCCUCCUGUCUCCCUGUGCAGCUGGGCUGUGGAUGUCUCAUAGGAGGCAAAGUUCAGCCCCACAGCUCCACAUCAAAACCCUGCCUACAUGACUCCCUGAGGAUUAUCUUUCUUAUUGUGGUGUUCUCCUCACAGAAUGGGCAAAUGACAUCUAGUAACUCCCAGAUAGUUUGGGGGAAUUUACACUAGAUUGUUGGCCUUAUUAUAGUUUUACAGAAUAAUAUUUCCACAAUUCUUACUGUUUGUACCCAGCAGAUAGUAUUUGUCUGUCCUUCUGUUGCUCUCUUGCUGUUAUUUUUUGUUAUGUAAAGUUAAUUGAUAACAAUUGCCCCCUCAGUUGAGGGGUCCUUCUCAGCACAGCAGGGAUUGCAUUUCAAGGAGGAGCUGAGGGGACGAAUGUCACCGUCCCUGCAUAACAGGGCCUGCAUGGAGAUGUCAGAUCCCUGACUCAAGUUGGGGGCUUUGGCUGCUGUACCAGCCUGGCUGGGUGCCACUCCUUGACAUUUCCCAGGUUCCUGCCAUGCAUCAAGUCUGGGAGUAUUUGGCAGCUUCUCACCUUGAGUCUCUGUUUCUUCACUCCUGAGUCCUGAGAGAUUGCUGUAUGGAGUGAGGUUUGCACUGCCUUCAGAAGAAUUUUUCCCAGCCCUGUCAGGAGAUGGAAGACUCCUCAGCACAUACUGAAGGACAAAUCCGGUAACCUUUUCUUCCGAUUGCAGAUACCUUUCAGUAAAAAAUACCAAGAACAGAAGAUGGACUAAGAAAUUACGUGUUUUGAACUAAUUGGGUAGUUCUUACCUCCUUGUUUGUGUGCUGAUAUUUUAUACUUGUUUCACUUACUCUAAAUCCUUCACUAUUAUUUUUCUACUAGCCAGUCUGCCUAAGACCAGAUGGAGCUGUGCUGACUGUCCUCAGAUCCUACAUUGGUGGCUAAACUCUUCCCAGGUCUUGCCAUGUAAUUCUCCUGUACCUUUUCUCCCAUCAUAAAGCUCAAUUGAAAAUACUGUCCCUGUAGACUUCAUUGGUGAAAGGCUGUUAAACACCUCAUGGAUUAGCUUGUUGCUUUUAACCCAGAUUUGUUUCUCUACUCUUCUUUAUGCUGCAGUAGAACUGCUUAUGUUGCCCAUGUGAUGAAAAAACACAAAUCGGGUGGUAGCAAGGGCAGGCACUUGCCAGUGUCACUGCUGGGGAAACAGAGCUGCAUGAUCCACUGUCACUGUGCACUACAUCUGCUUCAGGGCCUGGGGGAUGUGCCAGGGAGAAAAUUGAUAUCCUUUGAUAGCAGCAGGGACUCUGUGCUCUGCCCUUUACUGUGGUCCUUGCACUCUCUGGUCACAGCCAGGUCAGCCUUCCAGGGUAAGCACUGAGCCAGCCUUUUAUUUUCGGUGUCCCUGGUGCAUUCAAGCUACAAUCCUGGAUUUUCUGCCUGCUGUGCAGGAGUUUCUCUCCCCAUCUGGGAGAGAACUGUGCUUCAAUGCCCUUAGAGCCUUGUAAAAUCAAACACAUGAGCCUUCAGUGCCCAACCCACCCUGUGUGUGCAUGGAGGGAGGCAUUUGCUGCAGUGCACGGUGAGGUGGUGGCUGGAUUCCAGAUUUCCCAUGGCUUGGUCCAGCAUGCUGCUGUCCCUGAGGUCUGCCUCCACCUUAGGAACAGGAACACACACCUCAGCUACUCUGUUUCUCUUGCAGGGAAGUGCUCUGCUUAGGUAAAGGGUCCUUUUGGGCAGCCAUACACUCCUCAGACUUCCUCUGUUCAGUGUGGAGUUCAGCACAGCUGAUAAAUGGAAAUGACCAGCCGUGGCACAAAUGUAAUCCUGGAUAUAGGUGGAAUUUGCUGAUGCAUCAUCACAGAGGUUGAUUUCUCACUGGUGGUGUUGUUUUUUUUUUUUGACCUGAGUGGCCAAGCAAAAACUUGAUGUCUUGAUUAGGACAGAAAUUGAUUGUCAUCCUCUGGAUUUGCACACAAAACGUAGUUCUGCAAGGAUGAUACUGAAGCUGAGAGGGAACAGUGAUGCUUAACUGUGUGGCAAAGCAGCACACCAGGCUGUUGCACCCAACAGCAUUUCUGUGUUGUCCUCAUGGACAAAUUGUGGCCAACAACACCCUCUGCUCUUGAGCUUGAACUUGCUGGUGGUCUCAGCUGCUCUGUCUUGGUGUGUGACUGCCCUUGAGACCACUUGUUUCUUGGAGCUGAUGUAGGGGAGGGAGGGCUGUUUCCAUGCUGUUGAAACACAGGUUUGUGCCUAGCUACCAGCCAUUGGAGCAGCUUUAGGCAUUUAGUUGGUUUCAGAUCAAUGUUGUUGAUCUUGUUCAAAGUUUUAAAUUCUUUGAAGGGAUACAAACCCUUAUUUUGAAAUGUAUGUUGGUUUUAAAAGCUGUUUGUUUUGUAUUGUUGUUAACUUGCUCGUUCAAGCUUUAAUCAAAAGUCCCAGAGCUGCGAGUGAGGAAUUUGGUGUGAACUCAGGUCUAAUUUAGAAAAAGAUGCUAACCUUUUUAAUCAUGAAGAGCAGAAUAUGCAGCCUACAAUGGCAUAGAAAAUAAUAACAAUUGCAGUUGUCUAAUCUUUCCUCCUUGUGACUUUAGGCUGUGUGUGGCUGACAGCACAUUACUAGGUCAGCUUGCAGUGCAUACAUUUACAAGCUCUUGUUAUUUGAAGUGUGUCACCAAGCUGCACUUAAAAUAACCUCCACAGCCAAACUGCUCUAACAGUGGGAUGAUGUGCACACCCGGGCUCUUAAGGUCUUGUCCUUUCCUGUUGGAACAAGAUUGUGAGGAGCUGCCACGUUGCCAUUAGAGGAGCACAUGCUGCAGUGGGACUCAAGCUGGAAGAAAGAAUUUUGACUGAUGCAUACUGGGGUGCAGAGAGGCUGGGGCACAUGUUGGCCCUGUGCUCUUGUGAUGUGACAUUUGUAGAGGCUCUGGCAGUGCUCCAGCUGAUGUCCCAGCACUUGUGAGCAAGCUGUGUAGCAAUAAAAGGUGCUGGCAGAAUAAUUGUAAGCAAGUGCAGCUGUACAGUCACUCCAACAACGACAGCUUCAGCCUCUGUAUUGUGUGUCAAUAAAUCCAAGCCAAAAUCCAUUAAUUACUUGGCUGGGUUUGAAUUCCAGCCUGGCCAGUUCACCCAGGGCCUUUCCUAGCUCAUGUUUCUACAAUAAAAUUUCAAGAGUUGUACUUUUAUUGCCAUAGUGAGAUGCAGAACGGACUCCAGCUCCUUUGUUGUAGAGUUGGGUUGGCAGAACUAGGGAUUGCAUCAAGCUGUGAGCUUCGUCCAUCCCAAAACUCCAACUGAAUUAAACAUAAAUGGAAAACUUCCCUGCUGGUAACCAACAGGGAUUUACCCUGGGGCAGGUGAUGUUGUUCCUGCCCAGAACUACAGAGAUGUGGCAGCUGCUGUCCUGUUGUGACCACAACCUGGCAAGUGAAGAUGCCUUCCUCCAUCUCCAUCAGGUCUCCUGAAUGCUCAGCAGCUGCUUUGUCAAGCUGUCCUUGCAGUAAGGAUGGGAGACAGUUUUCAGGUGGACAUUAGAGUUGGCCGUGCUGGCAAGCAGGAGGUGUGACUGGGGGAAGGACAGGCACUAUGGGCUGGUCUGCAUGCAUUGUGGCCUGCCUCCUGUGGGGGCAUAUUCCUGUCAUCCUUCCCGCUCCUCCUGCCUCUAUCUCUGAGCUCCUGUGUCUCCACAGGGAAACAGUGAUGGUGGCUAGCUGUUGGCCAACCUAGGCUUUACCUGAAAGCUGUACUAAAGGCCCUGCUGCUUUCUGAUGCAGCUGCUGCUUGCUGCAGACCCCUCCCCUGUGUUGGCCCAGAUGCUUCUGCAACUCCAUAACAAAACUCCUCUGGAGAGGGGCAAGCUCAGCACAUUUUUGUCUGCUACUGUGGGGCUGGAUUCCAGGCAGUGUUAGCUAAGGCUGUGCCAUGGCCAGACCUCCACCCUGGCAGCCACAGCUGUCAGCAGUGUUUGUGUCAAUCACAUCUGUGCUACCGUUGUCACUUACUCCAGAUCAGGGUCACAUAGGGCUUUUGCUAGCAUUUUCACACCUGUGUAUAUAAGCUGACUGUAAGAUUCACAGCCCAUGUUACAGCUUCAUUAGGCCAUAUCACUUUUAUUUUUACAGCAGGAUGAUUCACUGAUAGCUGUAAAGCCGGGUGGAGAUGAGGUACAGAUGGCUUUCACUGGGCUGGUUUUACAAGGUCAUUCACAGCCGGAUGAGAGUGCAGGCGAUGGCCAAAGUGGCAGUGCAUGGAGAUUCCACAGUGACAGACCCUCUAGGCAGGAACAUUUUAAUUCUCCUUGGAUUUUAAUUUCCUCUUUAGCACCUGUGUUCACUGCUGUGCUAGGGUCACUUUGUGGUCUGAGUGGGCUUGUGAGCUGGGUGCAUCUGCGGCGCAGCGUGUGGAAGGCAAGCUCUGCUCCCUUGUUUACUGGUGGAAAUUUGAGCUGGGCAGAUGGUGGCAUCUGAGCCACAGCUUCUUCAUUCUGUGCUAAUCGCUGUGAAUGUCACAACACAGCCAGGUUUGCUGCUGGGGGCAGAUUGGGUAGCAGUGGAAUCGUGUGGUACAUCUCAGCUGUGGGAUUCUCUUCCCUGGGGCUUGGAGCCCCUUUGGGAUGCAGCUCCCACUGGGAUGCAGGUCCCUGUCCUCAUUAGGAGUUCUCAGCUUGACUGUAUAAGUGCUAACAAGCGAUGCAGCCUAUGGGCACGGAAUGGACUUGGUUCCUUCCAUAUGGGUAGCAGCUCUCCUUGAGAAUGUGUAGCUCCCUUGGGAUCCUGCAUGGGAUAUUCCAUCUCCUACAUCCUCUGGCUGAGAUGCUGCUUACCUGUGUGCUGGAGACGAGCUGAUUCACAGGUUGAGAAGGUCUGGCAAGUGUAGGUCUGUCUGACCCAGCCUUGUGGUGAUGUGAGCUGCUGUGAAGGUACUACAGAGCAACCUCAGGGUCUCCAAGCUACACCUUAACUGCUGCAUCUGGGGCUUGUCUUUCAGGUGAGAAAGGAGUGUGUAUGUGUAUGGCAAGAAAAGGAAGAGUGUGAUGGUUGAUGCACUGCUUAUCCUUCUUUUUAUGUCUUUUUUUUAAAAACAUGCAUGUGAGAGCUAGAAGGUGGAAGAACCAGCCAGCCUGCUUGGAAUACAAAUUCCUAUCGCAGCUGUAUCCAGGGGCCCUCCAGGCAUGUAUUAAAGCAAUAACUGGCUAAUGGUUUGUUUUUUCUUUUCCCUUUUCCUCAGGCAAGAGGAUGUUGCAGGUAUGCUGCAAUAGUUCAUUCCAGGAAGAUUCAGGACACAUACAUCUGCAGCUCUGUGGUCUGCCAGUUUGCUCCUUGCAGGAGACUUUUCUAUAGGACUGCAGUGGGGAGAAAUUACUGCCAUUCUCUUCUGGAAACAGAGGUGUUGAUGUUAGAACAGCCCUGCAUUUGCUUCUUGCUGCCUUCUCAGUCCUGAGCUCUGUAGGAAGCCUCUAGCCUUCACUGAGCUUUUCUACAAGAGUGAGAAACAUGUUCCUUUUAAAAGCCAGGGCUGAGGUUCUCAACUAGUUGUGUAAUCUUGUGAGCUGAAGCUUUAAGUAGCAGGGAGAAAAAAUAAGCAGACGUUUUGGGGCUUGUGGCAGAAUCAGGAGGUUGAUGUUGGACACACAGAUCUAUAGGAGUGGGCUCCAGCUGCCAUGUGGGUCCCAGGCAUGCAGAGUCUAGUUGCAGACAGGGUGACUGUGCUGGGGCUGCUACCCCAUGGCCCUGGCUGGCAGUCAGGCACCCGUGUGUUUGCAGGAUACAAGCUUUCCUGCAGAUGGCUCUCUUUACAUUGUUCUUUGUAUCCUCUGGUUUCAUGUGAGAUGCUAGCGGUUCUUUGACUUGGUCUCAGGAGAGUCUCGGUGAGCUCAGUAAAUGGGAGAUGUGGUUUCCAUCCUGCAGGAAAAGCAGCUCACCCUGCUUUCCUCAUGUGGAAUUGGGCUGGGUGCUGUGUCCUGACAGGGCAACAAUGUCUUUCAUGCUGUUCUUUUGUUUCAGGCCAGCAAAGAUGCUGCUGUAGGUGACUGAUGCGCUUGUGCCUCAUGUGCUAUGGCUCUACAUGGCGUCUGCAGGACCAGACCAUGCUAAUCUGGGUCCCAAACAGCAGAAGAGCAUUGGGCUGGAGUCAGCCACCCUUCCAGCAGAAAGACCUCAGCCGUGCUGGGCCUGGCACCUUGCUCAGCAGCAAGCAAAACCCAUCUGGAAUUUAGAGAAGAGAUAUGUGAAUGCUUUCCAGGAUCGCAUUCUGCUGCCCUCAGGGAUCCCUCUGCAGCAAUCCUGCUUCUCAUGCUCGCCAUCACUAUGCCAUGCACAGCCCACUGAAGACAGCCUCCAAAGCCCUCCAGACACUGGCUCUGUCACGAGAAGGGCGAUGUCUUCCAUGCUGAUGGAGCCCUGCCUGCUGGCAGAGGAACGCUCUAAAACUGGAGUCAAAGGCUCUGCCUUCAGAUCAGGUCAGCAGGCUGCCAGCUCCUGUAGACCAGUGCUCAAUAACAACUCUUUCCUACGGCCAAGUGGUGCUAAAGUGCCUUUUCUGCAGUCACUGAAGAUGAAAAAGGUGGAAAACAUCCGGAGUUUUCCUGCUGCUUCAUGGUCCCACUCCGGGGACAAUAGACACAGCUUCCGCAGCAGCCUGAUCAAUGGAGCAGUGAUGAACAGCAACGUUGUGUCAGAGCAAAACACAAUCCCCUCCCUUAGCCCCCUGCCAAGCAGUGCAGUCCUCAGGAAGGACCAGUGCUCAUUGGAAGAUGCUAAGGGAAGACUCCACAGCUCAAAAGAGAAGGAACCAGAGAAGAGCCUCUUGAAGGCUGUGCAGUAUCUGUCUAGUCAGGCUGUCACAUGCAGAGGCUUUGGAUGCCAAGUUGAAAGUUCUGGCCUUAUGAAUGUGGGCAGCCAGUCCAACCAGAAUGGCAGGAGGAGGCAGCAUGUUGGAGUGCAGAGCACCCGGAAAGAAAGCAUUGCUCCCCUGAAGUUGGAGCUGGGGAGCCAUCGCCUUAACAGUAACUCGAGCCUUAUGGGCACCUGUGAGGCUGCUGCCUGCACUAAGCAAAUCAGUGUCCAUCCCUUGGCCUUGCAUGCUGAUGCUCCUGACUGCAGCACUGGCUGCCGUCCCAUGGGUGUGCUGAGCCCUCUGUGUGCUGGGGACCGCCUGGCAGGAACAGAACCUCUGUACUUUGCUGCCAUCUCUGAAGUGGCAGCACAGGUGUCCACCAUCCAACUGGAAAAAGAGGAGGAACAGGGCCAGGCUGUGGUCCCAGGAAAGCUGAAUGCUACUGCUGAGAAGUCACUGCUGGAGCCAAGCCAUCCCCAGGAUGAAGCAGAGGAAGAACUUCCUGAUGGACUGGAUGAGAGCUGCAGUCAAGAGGAGUAUGAGGACAGUGACUCGGAUACUUCCUCUGAUGCCGAUGUGUCAUCCAGUGACUCCGUGACUCCUGUAUCCAGGAAUUGCAUCGAGUGCCUGGCCCAGCCUGCUGAGGCUCAAGACAAAGUGCUCAAACCAGCUCUUGUCUGCAGUUUAUUCCCUAAUGUGCCUCCAACUAUCUACUUCAGUACUCGGGAUGAGACAGUGGAAAAGCUGCCUUGGGAGCAGAGGAAGCUGCUGCGAUGGAAAAUAUGCAGAGUCACGCCUAACAUAGUGAAGCAAACCAUUGGCAGGUCCCACUUCAGAGUUAGCAAAAAAAGCAAUGACUGGUUGGGUUGCUGGGGCCACCACAUGAAAUCCCCAGGCUUCAAAGCCAUCAGGGAGCACCAAAAGCUAAACCAUUUCCCUGGUUCAUUUCAAAUUGGAAGGAAGGACCGUCUGUGGCGCAACCUGUUGAAGAUGCAGGCUCGCUGUGGGAAAAAGGAGUUUAAUUUCUUCCCUCAAUCCUUCAUCCUGCCCCAGGACAUCAAAUUACUCAGGAAAGCAUGGGAGGAAGGAGCUAGCCGACAGAAAUGGAUUGUGAAACCACCAGCAUCAGCAAGAGGCAUUGGUAUCCAGGUCAUCCACAAAUGGAGCCAGCUCCCCAAAAGGAGACCACUGCUAGUACAGAGAUAUCUGCACAAACCCUACCUCAUUGGCGGGAAGAAGUUUGACCUGAGGAUCUAUGUUUACGUCACUUGCUAUGAUCCCCUCAGGGUCUACCUGUUCAAGGAUGGAUUGGUUCGCUUUGCCAGCUGCAAGUACUCCUCCUCAAUGGAGAGCCUCAGCAACAAGUUCAUGCACUUGACCAACUACAGCGUGAACAAGAAGAACACGGAGUACAAACCCAACUCGGAUGAGACUGCUUGUCAGGGACACAAAUGGGCACUCAAAGCUCUCUGGAGUUACCUGACCCAGAAGGGAGUUAAUAGUGAGGCCAUCUGGGAGAAGAUUAAGGACAUCGUUAUCAAAACCAUCAUUGCUUCUGAGCCCUACGUGAACAGCCUGGUGAAGAUGUACGUGCGCCGGCCGUAUUGUUGCCAUGAGCUGUUUGGGUUUGAUAUCAUGCUGGAUGAGAACCUGAAGCCCUGGAUCUUAGAAGUCAACAUUUCCCCAAGCCUCCACUCCAACUCCCCAUUGGAUGUGAGCAUCAAGGGCCAGAUGAUUCGGGACCUCCUCAACCUCGCUGGUUUUGUUCUGCCAAGCAGUGUGGCUUCGAGGACACAGACAGCAAGUGGCUCUACCUUCAGUCUGGGCAGUGCUUUAAAGGAGAAGCCCAAGCCAGCAGCUGAGCAUUUGAAGGCAGAGAAGAUGAAGAAGGCCUAUUACUUGAUGCAGAAGAUACCUGACCAGGAUUUUUAUUCUUCUGUCUUGGACGUCCUGACUCCCGAUGAUGUUCGCAUCCUGGUGGAGACAGAGGAUGAGUAUUCCCGGCGCGGGCAGUUCGAGCGGGUGUUCCCCAGCCACAUCUCCAUGCGGUACCUGCGUUUCUUCGAGCAGCCUCGUUACUUUAACAUCCUGGUGACCCAGUGGGAGCUCAAAUACUACUUGAAUAGACACAAAGGUCUGGAGCUACUGAAGAACUGGUGUGUCAAAGGGUACCACACUGGGGCAGGGACGGAUUUGGCCCAGAUGUGGUCAUUGCCAAAGUCGUUCUUCCUCCAGAAGAGUAGCAUUCAAUCAAACAGCUUCAGCAAACUGGAACUGGGCAGUCUGGGCACGUGCUUCCCUUCAGCUGGUGAAAAUCUCACAAGUUGCCUAGAGCCCAGCCCUACUCAGAGCUUACCUCUCAGCAAGUGCACUGGUGGAGCCAACCAGAGACCUCCUGGCUGCCUCUCUGACACUGCCCUGGCGAUGUGACCAAGCAGCCACCAUCCCUCCCUGGGGACACAUCAACCUACCUCAAAGGAAGAGACAGAAGCUGGCUCUGUAGAGCAAGAACUGUGGGAGCCCCUAGCACUGUACACUUGUUCUGGGCCUGGUUGUAGAGAGGGAUGUUUUCCUGGGCAAAGAGGAGACCCGUGUGACUUCAGUUUCUAAAACAAGUGGCAAAGCCUGAGGAAGUGGGAGUUAUCUGGCCUUUCUCCUAAACUGUUCUUAAAGCCUGACAUGGUGGUUUCUUGCUGCAUGGGAGCAUGGCUGAGCCUGCCCUUCUUGUCCCCAGUCAGCACAGGCUAAGCCCUUGCUCACCUGUGUCUGUCUUGAGUUGCUGGCAGCCGAGUCUGCUCUUGCCCUGCUGCAGCCUGGUCCCUGGAGAUAAGUCCCCAGUCCUCAUGCCUGGGAGGAAGUAAAACUGUCCAGUUUUAUCCUUUCUGAAUGUCUGUGUCAACAUCCUGCCCUCCCCAACAGGCAACAGGCCCUGCAGGAGACCUCAGGCUUGCACAUUGCAGCUCAAGAGAGACCACGGGUACCAGCAUGGCUCCAGUUUGUUGUGGGGCUGUAGGGCUGCUGGGGAGGGAGCAUCCUUCUCAAGGCCAUUGGCUCUCUGGUGUACCCUGCAGCAUGUGUGCACAGACUGCAGGCUAGUGCUCUUCUCCUGGGUGAGCUCUCUGUUUUCCCUUUGUUUCUCAAGGAUUUCUAUUAAAUUUUAACACUCAGCUA